AUGUUGACUGCUAAUUUAGCAGAACAUGGCCGACCUUCCGUGCCUUUGGGGCAUCCCGCAAUAAAUCCACAGGUUUUCCUUGGCAGAGCUGCUGUUUCAAAGUUCUCCCACGAACCGCAGCGUGACCGGCUGUGUGUUUUGGUCGCUGCAGGGUUGGGCUUCAAAAAAUGUUAUUCGAUCAAGCGCUGGCAAAGGAGAUCUGUUGGAGUGGAGCAAGAUGUGGAAGCUCCAGUGUCAAAGUCUUUCAGCACUGAGGACGCACUUCCUCCACGUGUUGAUUUUAAUUGGGAGAAGCAAUGGUACCCUAUCCUUCCCGAAGACAUGCUCAGAACCAGCGGCCCUGAACCCAUCAGGCUCUUGGGCCGCGAUCUGGUGCUGUGGAAAGAUAGUGCCGGAAAGUGGCGGUGCACGGAUGGAAUUUGCCCCCACAGACUAGCCCCUCUAGCACAUGGGAGGGUCACCUCAGAAGGUCAGCUCAUGUGCCGCUUUCAUGGGUGGACCUUCAACGGUGACGGGUCAUGUGUGAAGGUUCCUAUGGCAGAAGGCGAUGCCACUGCAGAAGCCAAAUUGGUGGGGGCCGCUUGCAGCAAAUUGAGAACCUAUCCCACGCGAUCUGUCAAAGGUUUGAUAUUUGUGUGGCCGCACAGCGAAAGCUGGGACGAGGCUUCUAAAAAGGAGCCCUUUGUUGCAGAGGAGUUGGCUGAAAGCCCGAACUGGAGUGUUUUUGAUGCGCCGGCAAGCUGGAGGGUUUGGCUGGAGCAAAGUUGGGAUCCCAGCCAUGCGCCUUUUCUUCAUCAAUACGCUCUGCCAAAUUUCGCCCCAGAGCUAGCAUACGCCAUGGAACCUUUUGAAGUUGAGGACCUUGGCGAUGAUGGUCUCAGUGCGAGACAUGGAGGCUACAUGCAAAGCAACAAAGGAAUGAAAGCUUACAGACGCUUUGGUCCGCCAUGUGCGAACUCUACGUCGUACGUGUAUCCCGAUGGCCGCACAAUUGGCUUCAAUUUCUAUUUUGUGCCCACUGAGCCUGGUAAGGUAAGACAAAUCACAACAUCAUACUUCGUGCCAGCUCCGACCGAUAAGGGAGACGACAACGGACUGUCAGGGAACAUGAUGCAGAUGUCCAAAGUAGUGCUGAAGGGCAGGACGGUUGGUGGCAUAGACAAGGAGCGUGUGAGCUUUGCAAGUGCUGUUAAAAGCCGGAUAAAGAAGAGAUGGCCGAAGCUUGACCAAAUUGAACGAGGCCUGAAGAGUUGGAAGCUGAUGCAAGGCCUCAUUGGUGACCAGGACAACACCAUCCUGUCUUUUCAAGAUUCUGUUGGGCUGCGGGCAGUUCAAAGUGGACGUUUUCGUGAGCCUAGGUCCUCUCAGAAGUUUGGUGGGCCACCGACAGAGUAUCUUCUGGAAACAAAUGCUGACGAGCUGGUUUCACGCUUUGACUCUUGGGUGGCAGCUCGUGGAGGUGGCCCCUUUGGCUUUGGCCGCGAGGAGAACCAGACAGGAUUUUCAGGUGUUUUUGACCGCUGGGAAGCGCACACCCGCUUCAGCAAAGAUGCGCAGGCGGCCCUGGCUUUCUUGUCAGGCACUGCAGACUUCCUUGAAAGUCGUGUGGUUCCUGCAUGCGCUGUGGUGGCUGCUCUUUGCAUGACAUGUGGGCUUACGCGAAUCUCGGGGUUGCCGACUCUAGCUGCAGCUGCUGGCAUUUUUGCCAAAUCUCGAUUGCGAAAACAUGCGCAAGGCUUCCUCUCAGGUCUCCCUCCUGGACCUGGACUUCCUUUGCGAAAGCUCUGGGAAUGA